AUGGCUCCCACAGGUCGGCCAACUUUAGAAGACCGCUUGGAAGCCGAAGUCCGCAAAGUGGUCGAGAAGUACUUGAGCGACAAAGGAAUUUCACCCUCGGAAUUACGAACCUCUAUAAUCUACCAAUACAUCCAAAGGCAAAACUCCAACCUGAAAAGGCGGUCAAAGAGACAACUCGAAGACUUGAUUGAUCGUGCGAUAGACGCCAUCCAGGAAGACGAGUCUAGAGACGACGAAGAAGACAAUGUGGAGCUGAGGGGAAACUCUAUCAUGGAAGAGGCUCGAGAUGUUUCAGGUGAUUUCAUGAACCGUCAAAUUGUUGCUGGAUGGACAACAUCCCUGGCUACUUCCAACGACAAGAGCAGCAAGCGAGAGGGAGAGAGACCGAAAGACGACCGCGACAGCAAAAGGCAGAAACGCACUUCAACCCGAGAGAGCUCAAUUAGGAUUGCUGGGCCUACCGAUGUGAGCCUGCAAGAUUUGGGGGGUGUUGACGAUGUCAAGGAGCAGCUCAAAGACCAUUUGGUCCUGCCCUUGCUGGAUCCGCAAGAGUACACCAGUCGGAAGAUCCCCAUUCCUCGCGGCAUCCUCCUUCACGGCCCACCAGGAUGCGGCAAAACACUCAUCAGCAAAGCAUUCGCUGCCGAGCUCGGCGUACCAUUCGUCGAAAUCCUCGGCCCUUCUAUCGUAUCUGGCAUUUCUGGAGAGUCAGAGAAACAAAUCCGCGAACAUUUCGACAGGGCCAGAGAGGUUGCGCCAUGCCUGCUCUUCAUUGAUGAGAUCGAUGUGAUCGCGCCGAAACGUGACAAUGCGCAGAGCCAAAUGGACAAGAGAAUAGUAGCUCAACUCCUCAUCUCUAUGGAUAGUCUGGCUAUGGAGGGCAAUGAUGGCAAACCGGUCAUUGUGCUAGCAGCGACAAACCGCCCAGACGAUCUUGACCCGGCACUUCGACGAGGAGGGCGCUUUGACACGGAAAUCAACAUGGGUGUGCCAAGCGAAUCCGUACGCAAGUCAAUUCUCACGGCUCUCACAAGGGAAACGAAGCUAUCACCAGAUGUUGAUCUCCACUUUUUGGCAAAGCGCACCGCUGGCUUUGUUGGUGCAGACUUGAAAGACCUUGUCAGCAAAGCGGGAACUUUCUCAAUGGCUCAGUAUCGUAGAGCACUCGAACAGCAGACAAGCGCCAUGGAAGGCAUCAUGGAUAUUGACAACAAUGUCCCCCAGAGCGAGGAGGCCACCGUGAACCGAUCUAUCCGGCUUCUCAUUCAACGAGUAAAAGACAAAGAGGCUCCACGUCCCGAAGGCUUCGAACAUCCAUUCAUCGACAUGGCGGCCUUCAAAGCUGUUCUACCAUCAAUCACGCCUUCGUCUAGGCGAGAAGGCUUCGCAACAGUACCAGACAUUACAUGGAGUGAUGUGGGUGCGCUAGAGGGUAUUCGAGAAGAGCUCAAGAUGGCCAUCUGCGCACCAAUCGAAGAUCCUGAAAGGUUUGCUCGAGUCGGCAUUACAGCACCUGCUGGGGUCCUGCUAUGGGGUCCACCGGGUUGUGGCAAGACACUCAUCGCAAAGGCUGCAGCUGCUGAGUCCAAGGCAAACUUCAUCAGCGUCAGAGGACCCGAGCUAACGAAUAAGUAUCUCGGAGAAUCAGAACGCGCCAUCCGGCAACUUUUCGAGCGCGCUCGCUCUUCUGUUCCAUGUAUCAUCUUCUUCGACGAGUUUGAUGCAAUUACGCCCAAGCGCUCUACAGAGCUCCACGAAGCCUCCGCCCGAGUCGUCAACACACUCCUAACGGAACUCGAUGGCCUUGCCGCACGAGAUGGUAUCUAUCUGAUCGCUGCGACUAACCGUCCUGAGAUGAUUGACCAAGCCUUGUUACGUCCAGGCCGCCUAGAGACCCUCCUUUACGUUCCUCCCCCCCAGCCGAGCGAACGUGUCAACAUCCUUCGGUCUCUCAUUCGUAAGCGCGGAGUCAUAAAUCCCGAUCUGGCUGAGAUAGGAAGCCGUGACAUGUGCAACAACUUUUCUGGUGCUGAUCUGGAGAGUUUGUUGCGAAGAGCAGGUCAGCAUGCCUUCAAGCGAGGAGCUGAGUGUGUUGAGGAGCUAGACAUGAUCGAGGCAGCAAAGUUAGUGCAGCCUAGUGUGAGAGACAUCGAGAGAUACGAGAGGCUGAGGGAGACAUUCGAAAAGCCGUUGUAA